GUCGCGCUGUUCACGGAAGUGACGCGCGAUUAAGACAGCAACGUCAACUUCCUGAAGCUGUGCAGAGCUGUUUUGAAGUAGUUAGCAGUGUUAAUUUUAUUUAUUUAUUAAAGAUUGAAAUGGAUGUGGUUCUGUAUAUUGUGGCUGCGACUAUUCUGCUCGUGCUGAUAGUGUUUGCUGUGAAAGUUCGCGGACGGACUGAGGAAGCUGACCGUGAAGACCGUCAGAAUGUGGCGGCUCGAGUCGCAGCACGUCCGCAGGCGGCAGAGGAGCGUCCGGCAGGAAUGCCCCGUCGCCGUAGAAACCUCCACAGCCGAGUGAGCGCCCAGCGGGCACAGCGGGCAUCAGACAACGAGGACAGUCCUGUGGAAGCUGAUGAGGAUCAGGAAGACAGGCAGCCAUCUGAAGAACGACCUCAAGCCGCCGGGAAAGUCGGAGCAAAGAAACAGAAGAAGCUGGAAGAGAAACAAGCACGGAAAGCUCAGAGAGAGGCCGAGCUGGAAGAGCGAGAGGAGAGGAAGAAGAUGCAGGAGCUCAGAGAUCAAGAGAGACAGAAAGAGGAGGAGAAAGAGAGACUGCAAGAGCAAAAACAGGAGGAGGAGUUACGGCGUGCCAAGGAGGAGCAGGAGAGGAGAGAGGAGGAGGAGUACCAGCGGCUGAAGGAGUCGUUCGUGAUCGAGGAUCAGGGAGAGGCAGACGAGCUCGACGAACAAGAGUCCCGCAACCUGCUGCAAGAGUUCAUCCAGUACAUCAAGAAAUCCAAAGUGGUUUUGCUGGAGGACUUGGCGUCCCAUUUUGGCAUGCGCACACAGGAUGCUAUUGCCAGACUGCAGGACCUGAUCGCAGAUGGUUCCCUUACAGGAGUGAUCGAUGACCGAGGGAAGUUUAUCUUCAUCACGCCGGAGGAGCUGAAUGCUGUGGCUCAGUUCAUCAAGCAGAGAGGAAGAGUGUCCAUCUCUGAACUCGCUCAAGCCAGUAACACCCUCAUAAACCUCACGCCCGAGAUCCAGAGCAGCACAUAAACUUCAGUCUUCAUCAUCAACCUAAAGUGUUUUUCUUCUCAUUACGAGGACUUGUAAAUAAAGUGGGAUGCAUCAUGUAAUUUAUGGAAGCUUCCGCCAUGAAAUAAAAAAAUAAAAAAAGGAAACUGCAAGAAUUCUGACUUUAUUUCUCAGAAUUCGAGUUUAUGCCUUGCACUUUUGACUUUUUUUCUCAUAAUUCCGGGAUUAUUUAGCCGUUCAGACUUUUUCCUCAAAAUUCCAAGUUUAUAUUUCACAUUUCUGACUUUUUCCCUGAAAUUCCAAGAUUAUAUCUUGUAAUUCGGAUCUUUUUCUCUGAAUUCCAAGUUUAUUGCUUGCAUUUUUGACUUUUUUUCUCAGAAUUCCACGAUUACAUCUCACAAUUCUGAAUUUUCCCCCAGAAUUCCAAAUUUAUAUCUCACAUUUCUGACUUUAUUUCCCAGAAUUCCAAAUUUAUAUCUCACAUUUCUGACUUUUUUCUCCAAAUUCCACGAUUAUAUCUCACAAUUCUGACUUCUUUCAGAAUUUCUCCAAAUUCCGAAUUUCUUGACUUUACCUCUAAAUUCUGAGGUUAUAUCUUGUUCAAUUCUGACUUUUUUCUCACAAUUCCUAGUUUACAUCUCGCAAUUAUGUCUGCAAGUCUGAAUUAUGAAUUAUAAACUCAGAAUUGUGAGAAAUAAAGUCAGAAUGUUUGGUAAUAAACUCGGAAUUGCAAGGAAAAAAAUUCUGAAUUGCGAGAUAAAAAGUCACUUUUUUAUUCCGUGGCAGAAAGAAGCUUCCAUAUAGACCCAUCGUACCGGACUCAGAACUGCAGUGAUAUUUCCCUGAUUUCACCACACAGGCAUCAUUUACAGUGCCUUUAAAUGAAAUGGCUGGAGGCAGGUGACGUGUACUACAGAAGAAUCAUUUUCAGUGGCUGAGAAGAUGAUUUUAUUUCAUUAAACACACAUUUCAAACAGGGUUCUCACAAUCGUGAAAAACUGAAAACAUGAGGGAAUUUUAAAUCUGAUCACUGGGGUUUUGUUUUUCAUAGUAUAUUUUUCUAGUAAGGCUCAAGUCUACAAUAUUUCAUUGCAUACAAUGAUUUUUGUCAGCAUAACGUCUAUUAAAUGAUUUGUAAAACCUGUCAUGGAUUGGUCAGGAACUGUGAACCCUGUUUUGUUGACUGUCCUGACAAAUAAAAAGGCAAAAAGCACAAAAA